AUGGCCGAGUCCCACCAAAUUUUGUCUCAACUCCUCACCGCCAACGAGCAAUGGGCCCAAGAUGUUGAUCAUGCAGAGCCAGAUUUCUUCAAGCAAUGUGCUGCCGGGCAGUCUCCAACGGUGCUUUGGAUAGGGUGCGCUGAUUCCAGAGUACCAGAAUCAGUUGUAACAGGGGCCCGCCCAGGAGAGAUAUUCGUGCAUAGGAAUAUUGCAAACCAAUUCCAUCCCGACGACGACAGUGCUCAAGCCGUCCUCACCUAUGCCGUAGAUCAUCUUGGAGUUGAACACGUUGUUGUUGUGGGUCACACAGAAUGUGGCGGAGCGGCUGCAUGCUUCCAAGCUGCAUGCACCGUUGGUACAAGGCCCGGACCCGUCGUCACUGUCCCCACUUCCCCUCCUGACGCGGCCAUCAACAAAUGGCUUGCGCCCAUGACCUCUCUGGCCGCAUCACUCCAUCUAUCCACCGCGCCAGCAUCGGAGGCAGUUCCUAUUUUGGUUGAGGAGAACGUCAAGAUGCAGGUAAAGAACCUUUCCAAGGCAUCGACUAUCACAGCCGCAUGGGCGAACAAAAGUCCGAAAGGCAAAGAAGUAUGGGUGCAUGGAUGGGUCUAUGACAUUGCCGCUGGCAAAUUACGGGAUUUGGGAAUAUCUCUCGGACCUCCCAAGCGGGUGUAA